AUGUCUUUUAUGCCAGACUUGUUCUCCUUACUCCCCACAGCCGAAGAUGACCUGGCCUUGCCGAAUGGCGACACAGCGUGGGUGUUUGAGACGGAUGCCGACCCCGCGCCGAUGCAAAUGCAGUUCUCCGACUUUGGGUUCACUGACAUUGACAUCCCCGAUGUCCCCGACCUAGCCGAUCUUGUUUCCGUUCAGGACUUGCCGGAAGGUUACCAGACGUCGAAUGGCUCCUCCUUAUCCGUGCCUGUAUCCCGAUCAACGUCUACCUCGCCGGCCUUGUUUUUAAGUUCGUCGUCGUCAUUGCCUUCUCCUCGCUUCCCGGUCGUAGUCGAGGCUCAGCCGCCCAUGGGACAAGUCCAGGCCAAUCUUCUCUGCCGGUCUCAGAGGUGCGGGUCUGAGACAUGCCUCACAACAGCUCUUCGCACCCUGAUGACCCUGCACAUUGCCCACUCGGCGUGCCUGAGUGCCCAUCGAGAGGCCCCGACGGUCCAGCAGGCCUGGAAAAUGGAGACGGUGCUGUCCGCGAAUAAGGACGUCGUCGCCAGCAUGGGUCCGAUUUUGGCCUGCCCCUGCUCGGCCAAGUCGCUGGUGCAGCUGUUGCUGCUCAGCAUCUGCGGCAACCUCAUUGCCUGGAAUAGCGCCAUGAUCAGUGCUGAUCUCAAGCAGCAAGGCGACGAUCCAUUCUCUCCAGCAGGCGCUUUGACUGCCGGCCCCACCCAGGCUCCCAGGGCGCGCGUCCUGCCCCAGCCCAUCACCAUCGGACAGCACCAGAUCAACGGCAAACUCGGCCGAGUCCUCCACACCCAGAUCAUGGCAGGCGAAUUGCGUAUGCUUGAAGGCCUCGUCGAGGCUCUGUCCCGCCGCUUCUGCGAGGCGCCAGGGUCAGAUGGCACCUCCAGCACCUCUCCCGUCGCCACGGACAUGAGGAAUGCCAACGGCCGCCCCAGUACUUCCCGGGAUGCCCCUUCGUUUCAGUCAAAAGGUCUCUCCUACAACGUGCACCGCCACAUCAUCUCGUCGUUGCGUACACGACUGGAGAAUACGCGGGCCAAGACUUUUUCUCAGGGCUAG